AUGUUUGCCUUUUGGGUCGCGGGCAAAUCCUACCAAACUUUCUAUGUCCAGGAAUCAGAGUAUGUCUCCAGCAACAAGUUGCAGAGAGUCGCCAAGGUGUCCAUGCUCUACGGAGAGACGAACCAUAUGUACGAAAGAGCGCUGCAAAGCCACGAACGCCAUGGGAAGAGAUGGGGAUACCCCAUGCAUAUUCUGCGACAGGAUAUUUCGAUCGGAUUCUGGAAUAAGCCGAGCUAUCUGCUAUCGUUGAUCAUCAAUGAAAUGGCCAAGCCAGCCGGCGAGAGAGUGGAGUGGUUGAUGUGGGUAGAUGCCGAUUCGAUCAUACUAAAUAAUGACAUUCCCGUUGAAAUCUUCCUUCCGCCAUCAGACCUGAAAGACAUUCACCUGGUAGCAACCCAGGACCAAAACGGCCUCAACACGGGAAUCAUGUUCCUCCAUGUCCAUCCUUGGACGAUAAGCUUCCUUACCGAAACACUGGGAUACCCUCUUUAUCUUCCUAAGAUUGACCUCGGUCGAUCUGCCGACCAGGAAAGCAUGAGACGUGUACUCAACACGACAUCGGGAGGUCCAAGCGGACAGGGAUAUGCAGAUGGAGUCUCCUACCUACCACGGCCAUGGAUCAACACCUAUGAAUGGGACUGGGCCUAUGAAGGCAAAAGGGGGGAUCUGCUGGUCCACUUCCCCGGUCUAGAGGAGCGCCGAUGGCCGCAUAUGGCUAAAUGGUUGAAUAUUGUCGAGACGACACCUCAUGAAUGGAACUUGCCCCUUGAGGAGACUGGGUAUUUCAACAAGACGACAGUGUACUGGUCACAGAUACGAAGUGCGAAGGAAAGUAUUCAUUCUGCAGAGAAGAAACUGAAGUCCGGGGAGGCAGUGUCUGGAAAUACCAAUGCAACAGCCGCUGCACUCAGGAAUACAUUGCGUGAGAAAUCAGACAAUAUGGAGCUGGUACAGCAACAAACCGAGGACCUUAAUAUGUUGAUUGGAAUGGCAUAA